GUGACACUUCACGGAAGUGACGCGGAGUGCUCAAAAGAGUUCAGCAAAGCAUCUGGGAGCAAAACACCAGCUAGCUAAAUUUUAUUUAACACCAGAAGACCGAAGGAAGGGACAAACAGACGGUCAGAACAGUUAACACAUCUACGAGUAAGCCACCAAAAUGAAUCCAGUGUACAACCCUGCGUCAACAGGGGUCCCCUUUACCAAUACUAAGGGUAUGGGCUACCCAGGUAAUUAUGCUGGAUUCCCUGUUGGCUAUGCGACAGCUGCUCCAACAUACACUCCCAAUGUCUAUGCAGGAGCAAACCCAGCCUUCCCCAGCGGCUAUGCUCCAGGCACUCCUUUCAAAAUGUCCUGCUCUCCCAACACAGGGACUGUCCCGCCAUACUCCUCCUCACCCAACCCCUAUGCUGCUGCUGUGUACCCAGUCAGGAGCACCUACCCCCAGCAGAACCCGUAUGCGCAGGCCCUAAUACCUUCACAACAACAAGGCACUUACUACACACAGCCACUGUACGCUGCACCGCCACAUGUCAUCCAUCACACGACAGUGGUCCAGCCAAAUGGGAUGCCUGCGGCCAUGUAUGCCCCGCCCAUCCAUCCUCCCCGCCACAACGGCGUCACCAUGGGGAUGGUAGCCGGCACCACUAUGGCCAUGUCAGCUGGAACCUUGCUGACAUCUCCAUCACCAGCGUCUGUUGCCCCCCACCAAGUCACGAUGCCCACGUAUCGGCCCCCUGGCACACCCAGCUACAGCUAUGUGCCCUCACAGUGGUGAAGAGUGGGAAGCGUCAGAAGAUGGUAGAUAUGCAUUCACACUCUUCUCCAGUGUUUUUUGCUAUUGGUGAAGGCCUGCCCUGUCAGUGUCUGCAACCAGUUACUCUUCUUCCAGCAUAAUGUGAAUCUUAAACCCAACUACAUAGAAAAAGGCCCAUUUGAAUAGGAGCGGCUGAAGAAUACCCAUGACCCCUCUCAACGGAAUAAGAAUUCCACGUCGCACCCCCGGCGCCAGCACCUCUACAACCUGCUGCAUAUCUCACAUCAAACAGCAAAGCCUCCAUGCAAACUUUUUUUUCAUGGACUGUCGUGCAGGUUUUUAUAGCUUAAACUUAAAGUGGUGGAAAAGGGAGUUUAAAAUAGUUUUUUUUUUUUUUUGUUUCUUUUCUCUAUGGGAAAUACAUAUGAUGUUGAAUGCAUGUGUAUAUAUAGAUAUAUGAAGUAAUGCUAGCUCAAUCUACCUGCUGUGACAGAUGCAAAAUCAACAAAAGGCACACAUCCAAAGGAACUUUAAAAAAAAAAAAGAAAAAAAAAGAAGUAAUAAUCUGCUAUGCUGAAUCACCAGUGACCAUGUCUUACAUGUGAAAGAAGAAAAGACAAGAAACGUUUGUUCAUGCAAAAACAUAGCUGCACAAACAUGUGCAGACCAAACUGUACUAAUUUCACUGCUUUGUGUUUUGGUAAGUGAUGCUAGGUUAUUAUUAAUUCUCUCUUGAUGCAGUGUUUGCAUUUCGUCUUACCAUUUUUGUAUUUUAAGAAAAAGAUGGAACUUUUGAGUUUGUGCCUCAGACUGAUGGCCAUUCCAGCUUUUUAAUCAUUCAAGUGUUUUUAGUUUUUGUUUUUUCCUGCCCCGUCAAACUUUUUAGGAAUUACAACUUGCGAAACAGCUUUUGUUUCCUGCUGGAAACAUUUUUAGGUGACAUCAAUGGUAAAGCUAUUCACUCAUUUUAGCCAGAAGUAUUCUUGGUGGGGAACAAGUAAAGACUGUUUAGGAAAUCAUUUGCACCCAUUUGAGAGUUAAGAGGGUGAAUGAGUAGGAACAGUGUUGUGUGUGUGUGUGUGUGUGUGUGUGUGUGUAUCAAAGAGGAUAAACAUAGAAACCAUUUAAAAUGGUGCCAUAUAGUGUGACAUGCCUAGAAAUUUCGACCUACAUCUCACAAUAAUCAAUUUGUUCUUAGGUAGGUCUGAAGCACUACAUCACUAAGUCACUGCUAAUUGUGGACAUGUUAGGAAAACAUGAUAUUGUUAAACUCUAUUUGUGAAUAGCACUACUGAAGCAAGGCACUAAUUCAAAGCCGUUUGUAAAGAUAUCUGACCUUUUACAUUGCUCGCUGUUUUACCUCAAGUUUCCAGGCUAGACCACCAAUAUCACUUUCAGACAUGCUUUUCUAUGUUGCCUCGGUCACCUUGGUUAAAUAAUCUGUUUUGUAAAUGUUAUUUUUGUGAUUUUGGUUCUUGUUUUGUAUUCUAAAGAAAGACCAAAAAUAAAAACAAAUAUAAGAAUAA